AUGGCUAACGUGUUGCAUAUGAAUGGCGGCCUGGAAGAGACCAGCUAUGCCUUGAACUCCUUGCUUCAGCGGAAGGGGAUCACAAGGACCCUGCCGAUAACAAAGGAAAACGUUGCAGAACUGAUGCGUAGCUCGAGCUUCCCCAAAGGCAAAGGCAGGCUGGUAAUGGCAGAUUUGGGUUGCGCUUCAGGACCCAACACUCUUCUCCUCAUGUCGGAGGUUAUCAAGUUCGUCCACAACCUUUCCAAGGAGCUAGGGCAGGAAUCUCCCGAGCUUCAGAUCUUCCUGAACGACCUCCCUGGAAACGACUUCAACCAUGGUCUGGAGGAGAACAAGGGAAACAUUUACUUGGCCAGUAGCAGCCCUCCAGGUGUCUUGGAAGCCUAUUACAGACAAUUCCAUAUGGACUUUUCUUCCUUCUUGAAGUCUAAGUCUCAGGAAUUGGUGAUUGGAGGUCGGAUGGUGUUGACACUCCCUGGAAGGAGAGGUGAAGAAUCUUCUGAGAAAGAGUGUUGCUAUAUUUGGGAACUUAUGUCGAUAGCUCUCAACCAAAUGGCUUCUGAGGGAUUGAUUGAUCAACAAAAAUUGGAUUCCUUCAACCUUCCAAUGUACAUGCCAUCCGCCAUGGAAGUGGAAGCCGAGGUCGAGAAACAGGGCUCCUUCGCCAUUGAACACCUGGAGUUAUGGGAUAUGAAUUGGGACGCCUACGAGGGGGAAGUGAUGAGCUUGCCCGCCGGAGACGGUGGCUACAAACUUUCCAAGUGCAUGGAGGCGGUGUUUGGUCCGAUCAUCGCCCAUCACUUCGAUUCCUCGAGGGAAAUCAUUGAUGAGGUUUUCAGGAGGUACGGUCUCCUUCUCUCCGAUUGGAUGGCCAAGGAGAGUCCUACUCUUGUCAGUUUGACUGUCUCACUCACCAAGCGAUAUUGA